AUGAUUCUGGUUCUGCUCCUGUCUGCGCUCGGUUUGGCUGCUGCUGGGAAGCUGCUGGUGAUGCCGCCGGAUGGGAGUCCUUGGUUCACCACGCGGGAAAUACUGGAUAGGCUCAGGCAGAAGGGACAUGAUCUCCCUUACACACAGGAAGAGAUGGAUGAAACUUUCGAGGCAUUUUUAAAAGUCCUAGUUGAAGAAGGAUCUUUUCUGGAAAGAUUUUUUAAAGUAUACCAGAGUAUGAAAAACCUCUCUGAUUUGGGACUCUCCAGCUGCGCACACUUACUGUACAACAAAGAGCUUAUCAGAUAUCUUGAGGAGAGCAAGUUUGAUACUGUCUUUACAGAACCUGUACUACCUUGUGGGCAGAUACUUGCUGAGCAUCUUUCAGUGCCUUCCGUCUUUUUUGCACGAGGAGCACCAUGUGGUUUAGAAUUCGAAGGCACUCAGUGUCCCAAUCCCCUUUCUUAUGUCCCCACGGGAUUUACAGACCAUACAGACCACAUGAACUUUCUCCAGCGGGUGAAGAACAUAAUCUUUGACAUCCCAAAUUAUUUUCUCUGUGAUUCUAUCCUUCAACCAUAUGCAAAACUGGCUUCCGAGUUCCUCCAGCGGGAUGUGACUGUGAUGGAUCUCUUUCGCCAGGCUUCCAUUUGGCUCAUGAGGAUA